CCCCCAUCUCUGUCGCUCCUCCUGCUCUCCAUCUCAAGACCAUCGUCUCUGUCUCUGCUCCUGUUCUUGACGGACCUAUGGGCUAUGGGCCAGACCAGAAGAAUAAGCCGACUAUAAGUACCUACUCCUUCUCUAAAACCCUAAUCAUAUCGAUGGACACGUACUCUAGCAGGGUAAUUGCCCCCAAGGCACCGUUCGAUAGUGAGGCUGCUGCUAAGGAUAAAGCCAUCGAUCCGUGGGUUAGGAUAUCUGUUGAAGGAUACAGAUUUAAUAAGGACACUGAGAAUGAAAUGAGGAUUAAAUUGGUUAAUCUCUUCAAAUCAUGUGGCCAUGUUAGUAGAGUUGAUUUCCCCACAGAGCUUCUUUUGGACAGUCGUGCUUUUGUUACUAUUUUUGGAGAGGGCGCAAAAGAGAAAGCGCUGCAACUUAAUGGAAGUGACAUGGGAGGUUGGAAUGCCCUUGUUAAGUUUGCACCCAAGGAAGAAGAUGAGGAAUACCAGGCGGAAUCAGAAUAUAAACAAUUUGUUAUAAAUGAGCUACUAAAUGACAAAAGAUUUAGGUUUGGCAUUUGCGUUGUGGGGUAUGACCCCUCCCUUCUUGAAGAUGAAGUCGAGGAGGCUUUGACUGCACAUUUCUCUUCUUGUGGAGUUAUAAUACAUGUUGACGUUGAUCUCCUCGACAAGAUGACUAGUAUCUAUUUUUCCGAAGAAGAAGGAGAAGCUAGUGCCAUGAAUCUUGAUGGAAGUGAAGUCGACGGAUUCAAAAUAAAUACUAUGCUCGUACCCACAACAGCCAGAAGUAACCCUCCCCGUCCCCCCGGUGAAACUCAUUGUGGCUAUUGUGCCCCAGCUCAAAUGCUUGAGUUUGCCGACGAGAUCCAGGAGAAGAUGGAUUUUUAUAUGACUGAGUGGAGGCUCAAUGCGAUGACAAAGAAGCUCAGUGCUCUUAAGAAGCAGAGGGCCAGGGCUCUUAAGAAGCAGAAGGCCAGGGCUCUUAAGAAGCAGAAGGCCUGGGCUCUUAUGACGCAGAAGGCCAGGGCCAAGGAGGAGAGGGGUCACAGUCCUUUUGAGAAGGAGCUGAUGUUGAUGUAAUGAAUUUCUCUCUCAAGAGACUAAUUAGAAGCUCUUUGGUGUUUAUCAAUCAUGUGAUAAUACUAUGCAACCUUCUGUUUGUUUUGUGGAUGAUAAACUUAAAACUUAUCUUACUAUUAUUUGCCUAUUUAA